AUGACGGAGCCGGAGACUCAAACGGAAGACGAGACGGACACGAUCGAUGUAACGGAAGACGAGACGGUGGCCAGCGAUGUUUUGGGGGAGGUUAAGACGGACACGGUCGAGAUCGAUGUAACGGAAGACGCGACGAGCGAGGAUCAGACACUCAAGUACAGUACCGAUUAUGAGAGCGAGGCUAAGGAGGAGCUACCCUGGACGGACGAGGAGCAGGCACGCGAAACGGAAACAGUGGAGAUAGCAACGCCCGAAUCCGCUGUCGCGAGACUACCUGGCGCGGAGGUGAGCGAGCCUAUCGAGGAGACAGUUUCGCUCGUCAGGUACUUUCCGCUCGGUGAACGCUUUCAGCUUGAGCCAGUUGAGCCUCGGGCUAGGACGACCGUCGGAUGGGGUCGACGCGUGAGGACGCCAAUCUGGAGAAGCUUGAGGACGACAACAUUUCGGAGAUUGCCGAGAAACGGAAGAUUGCGGCCGUGUACGUGGCCGCUCACGCGUGAUGCGGUGAUCGCGCUGGAGACACGGCAGGAGAAGGACGGACGGAGGAGGGACGUUCUUCCCUACGAAGCGCCGGACGACGACAAGGACGAGCGGAAGAGCGACUUCGCUAAUCGCAAGGAGCUGGGCCACGCACGCGUGUUGGUGCCGCGUCCGGGCGCGAAGUUGAAGCUGUUGGUGGAUCGCGCGACUGGCGAACGUCACGGUUUGGUGAACGGCGACUAUGUUACCGUGAUGCUGCCGUCCAAACGUGUCUACGCUAACGUGGUACUUCGUGGGACGAAGGGUAUGCAUUUAUUGGAGAUGAGCUCGCUGCGAGAGCGCAAGAACACUUGGAAGUUCUGCUUCUACCAAGCGGUCGUGGCACUGCUGGUGAAAACGCAGCUCAGAUACAAAUACGCGUGGAGCGUUAAUAUCGAUUACAUCUACGACCAAGCCUGGAUGCUUUUCACCCACAUCGGCACGAUCAACGUGAAGAAGAGGCAACGUCUGGACGACGUAGUCGUGUACAAUUACAAAUACAGCGUCGAGAUAGAAUUUAUCCGGAGAAUGCAAGGCAGGGCGCAGUUCAUCGACAUCAUGCAUAAGGAGGGUCCGGAGAUGAAGCAACUUACGUUAAGCAGGAAGGAUCCUCUGCAGGUCAGGAUGGAAAUUGAGAAAUUCCGCCAGAAGGUGGCGGAUUCCAAACAUGUGCCCGCGCACAAGCUCGCGGUAGAGCUCGAGGAGACCCUCGGCAAACUGAUCGGGCGGUAUCGCAACUGCAUAUUGCGCACGUUCAGGUUCUCGUUGGCGUUCUGGCAGGACGGUCUGUUCUGGUAUCUCUACAAUCCCUACCGGUGCGACGAGUACGGCUUCUGGCACGACAAAGGCCGCGCCUGCAUCGUGAAGUUCUGCUCCGCGGACUCGUUGCGGAGACACCUGAUGAUUCUCAUGUUGAGAUGCCACGCCGGCGAGGAGUUGAAAUCGCGACACGACUAUGAAUCUGAUACCGGGGGUCAGAUUUCCUUCGUCGUUGAGCUCUUCCACGUGACCUUUCAAUGCUGUCAGCUGGACAAUCUGAAGUUAUUGCAACGCCGCACGCUCAAUAAGCGGCCGCGUCGCGCGGUCGACGAGGAUCCGUCGGAAUCGCUCGACAUCCAGGAUCGAGAGGACGAUGAGAUCGAUGGAGAGCAGGACGAGGAAGACGGCCAUCCAGGAGAGCUGAGGGAGAGAGCUACGUGGUUGAGGCGUCACCGGGCGACGACCUGGGGCAGAUGCGCGCCCGCGGGCCGGAAGCGACCGGGCCUGGCCGAGGUCACCGGCGCCGGUAAAGCGAGAUGGCAUCACUACUACGUGGAAGAACCCAACCGACUGUUCUCCCUGUGGGGCGAGUUACACAUAACCGACGACAUGUUCGACGAGGCGAAUCGCGGCAUGCAGACGUACGCCUGUUACGUGGUGUGCGCCGGCAUGACCAGGAUUACGGCGCCGGAAUACUGGAGCUCGAAGACCCUCGACGCGAUCGUCGUGUGCGGGGAUCGUUAUUACACGUGCAGCACGCACGAGGCCGAGUCUGUCAGCGGCGGGGACGCUGCGGGCGCGAGUCACUCGUCCAAGUGUCUCGCCGAUCGCUUCGACAUCGGCAAGAUCCUGUUCGAAGUCCGGAUGCUGCCGGCCGUUCACGGCAGACUGUACGCCAAGACGAGCAAGUGCCUGUGGAGUACACUGGAGCGGGUGUUCUCGAGCUAUCACUUCGCCGUGCUGACGUGCGAGAGCGUCUGCCUUGGCCUCUUCAAGUUCUGCGGCGCGUACUACGUGUGCGACGUGAACUCGUUCGGCCCGCCGUUCUUCCACUAUGGCCACGGCGCCGCGUAUCUCAUGAGAGCCACGUCCUACCGCAAAUUCGUGACGGUACUCGUGUUGCUCAUCGGCUCGCCCGAACGCAGUCGAUUCAGCCUGAAUCCCAUCGAGAUUCUCAGGAUUGUCGAAGUGAACGCCGCGCCCGAAUCACGUGCGAAGACGCGCGAGGGAAGGCAUCGCUUCGGGAGAUCCGUGAAGGUAAAAAAGCCGGGGAAGUUGUCGAAAUUUACGUCCGACGGGCAAGAAGAAAGAAGAAUGAAAAAGUAGAAAAUUCGAAUAUAUAAUAUAAUCACGUAACAAUAAAAAAAAAACAAUAAUUGAAAGAUCGGUUAAAAGAAGCUGUAAGUGUGAAAAAAUUAAAAACAAAUUUUCCAGAUGCUAUUCCAAAUAAAAUUUAUAAUUGAGCUUAAUUCAUGUCGGUGCAAUUAGUCUGAUACAAUUGACUCACCUCCAAGCUCUUCCAUCCUGUAUAUCCGGGAAAACCACCUAAAGUUCUAAAUGCGACGCGUUUCAAAAUUCCUAAACGACGAGCUUUAAUAUUUAUGCGUGGUGGAAUAUCGAAGCUUCGUAUAAACGUUUAUAUAAACGGGAAUGUAUUUUCCACAACAGCGCAACGAUUUCAAUAAGAAAAUAUUGUUGUAAAACCGGGGUUGCGCUCCAGCAAUAACAAUAAGCGAUAGUAGAGAAAGAGUGUCGUGAGAUUUAAAGUUCUCGCGAUCUAAAUGGACACCUCGCCGCGCAUUUGUAUGUAAAUGGGAGAAUCCUUAAUAAAGAUAUCGCAAAUA